AGGGAGCCGCUCCUAGGAACUAGGCUGAAGUGACAGGAAAUUCCACCAUUCCCUGUUUGACACCAGGAGCUCGUUGCUCCGGAACUGCGUGAGGAAGACCCGGCCGGGUAUUCGGGACCAAAAAACUCCGGAGCUGCAGUGGCCGCGCGGGGCUGCCUGGGAAAGUCACCAGUCAGCAGCGCAGUGGCGGGAACCGCAGCCCGGCGGCCCUGGAACCUCCCAGGUCAGAGGAGCUGCGGGGCUGGGACACGGGAGGGGAGGGACCGGGGUGUGCGCGCCGAGGCUGCUCAGAAGGACACAGCUUCCAAAAUUCUGUUGUGGACAUCGUUCCGUUGUCGAGUUUGUUGACAUUCAGUGUUGUGACUCUGGACUUCUUAUAAGAGGAAUGGAAAUGCCUAGAUAUUGCUCACAGAGCUUUUUGCAGAGAUCUCCUGUUGGAGAACUGCAGCAGUCUGGAUUCUGAGGGUCUCACACUGCUCAGCCAGAUCUGCUCACCUGUGAAUCAGAAAAACAAGCCGUGGACAGUGGAGAGAGAGGAGACCGUAGCCAAGGAUCCAGAAGAGUUCUGGUGUUUAUUGCUGAGACAGAAACUCAGAGAAGACCAAUAGGAAGAAUGGAUGACUCUCCUAUAAAUGCAGCCCAGAGUCGGUUGACAUUCCGGGAUGUAGCUGUGGACUUCUCCCAUGAAGAGUGGGAAUGUCUGGACUCUGCUCAGAGAGCUUUGUACAUGGAUGUGAUGUUGGAGAAUUACAGCAAUCUAGUCUUUUUAGACAACCAUCACAUGUAUGUUGAAUAUAAGAAUGACCUUCACCAUGACUCAAAGCAUAUUGUCCAUGAUUAUGUGAAUAUCCAAGAAAAGGCUUUUAAAUGUAAUGAUCUUUGCAAAGUUAUACAUGAAUUUUUUACAUGUACACCUUAUGACACAAGUGAUACUGUAGAAAACAGCAAGAAGUAUAAGUUUGGAGACCAAAUAGAUGCCUCUGUUGAAUUAUUAAACUCAACCAGACAAAGAAGUGGGAACACGGGAGAAGAACCUUCCAAAUAUAAGGACUGUGUAAACUGUUUAAAUUUGUGUUCCAUCAUUAGCCGAAAUCUACAAAUCCACACUGGAAAGGAAGAACACAAAAAUGCAGAGAAUGAUAAAUCUUUUGACUCUAGACAAAAACUCACACUGGAAGGACUCCACAAUGGAAAGAAACCACAGCAAUGCCAGAAAUGUAGAAAAUGCUUCAAGACGUACUCAGUCCUCAGUAGACAUAAAGGAUCUCAUACAGAGGAGAAACCUUAUAACUGUACAGAAUGUAGUAAUAUCUUUCUGCUUCUAUCACAACUGAAAGUACAUAACAACAUCCAUUAUGGAGAAAACCCCUACAAAUGUACUGAAAGCAGUAAGUGCUUUUAUGAUUCAUCAGAAUUUAAAAGACAUUACAGAAUCCACCCUGGAGAGAAAAUUUACAAAUUUACUGAUUAUGGCAAGUCCUUCAUUUGCUGCUCAGAUCUUGGAAAACAUCAGAAACUUCAUAGAGGAGAGAAGUCUCAUGAAUGUAAGCAAUGUAGUGACUUCUACAUUUUGUCACACCUUGAAUACCAUGAUAGUAGCCAUAAUGGAGAGAAACUUGAUGGAUUUAAUGAAUGUGACAAAUCCCUUUCCAUUGCUUUAGGUGUUAAAACAAAUCAGAGGAUUCACACAGAAGAGAAACCUUACAAAUGCAUUGAAUGUGGUAAAUCUUUUUUUCAGAAAGCCAAACUUAAAACACAUCAAAGAAUUCAUACAGGGGAGAAACCUUACAAGUGUGGGGAAUGUGGCAAAUGCUUUACCCAGCAGACACAUCUAAAAACCCAUCAGAAACUUCAUACUGGGGAGAAGAAUUACAAAUGUAAUGAAUGUGACAAGUCUUUUUUCCAGAAAAACCAUCUUAGGAGACAUCAGACAAUUCAUACUGGAGAGAGGCCUUAUAAAUGCACUGAAUGUGAGAAAUCCUUUGCCCGUAGUUCAUAUCUUAGAUUGCAUCAGAAAUUUCAUACAGGUGUGAAACCAUACAAAUGCAGUGAAUGUGGGAAAGGCUUUACUAGUAGUUCAUCUCUUCGAUUGCAUCAGAACAUUCACACAGGUGAGAAGCCUUAUAAAUGUAGUGAAUGUGAGAAAUCUUUUACCAGUAGUUCAUACCUUAAAUUGCAUCAGAACAUUCAUAAGGGUGAGAGACCUUACAAAUGUAAUGAAUGUGGCAAAGGGUUUAUCCAAAAACAACAGCUGAGGAGACAUCAGACAAUUCAUACAGGAGAGAGGCCUUAUAAAUGUAGUGACUGUGAGAAAUCCUUUUCAGUUGGUUCAGAUCUUAGAAGCCAUCAGAAAAUUCAUACAGAAGAAAAUCCUUACAAAUGUAGUGAAUGUAAGAAAUCCUUUAGCAGUAGUUCAUCUCUUCGAUUACAUCGGAAAUUUCAUACUGGUGAGAGACCUUACAAAUGUAAUGAAUGUGGCAAAGAUUUUGUUCAAAAACAACAGCUUUUGAGACAUCAGACAAUUCAUACAGGAGAGAAGCCUUACAAAUGUAGUGAAUGUGAGAAAUCCUUUUCACUUGGCUCAGAUCUUAGAAGCCAUCAGAAAAUUCAUGCAGAAGAGAGUCCUUAUAAAUGCAGUGAAUGCCAGAAAUCCUUUAGCAGUAGUUCAUCUCUUCGAUUGCAUAAGAGAAUUCAUACUGGUGAGAAACCUUACAAAUGCAGUGAAUGUGACAAAUCAUUUAUCCAGAAACACCAACUUAGAAGACAUCAGACAAUGCAUACAGGAAAGAGGCCUUUUAAAUGUAGUGAUUGUGAGAAAUCCUUUACCAGUAGUUCAUCUCUUCAAUUGCAUCAGAACAUUCAUACAGGUGAGAGACCUUACAAAUGUAAUGAAUGUGGCAAAGGGUUUAUCCAGAAACAACAGCUGAGGAGACAUCUGACAGUUCAUACAGGAGAGAGGCCUUAUAAAUGUAGUGAGUGUGAGAAAUCCUUUUCAGUUGGUUCAGAUCUUAGAAGCCAUCAGAAAAUCCAUGCAGAAGAGAAUCCUUAUAAAUGCAGUGAAUGUAAGAAAUCCUUUACCAGUUGUUCAUCUCUUCAAUUGCAUCAGAGAACCCAUACAGGUGAGAAACCUUAUAAAUGCAAUGAAUGUGAGAAAUCCUUUACCAGUGGGUCAUAUCUUAGAAUACAUCAGAAAUUUCAUACAGGAGAGAAACCUUACAAAUGUAGUGAAUGUCAGAAAUCCUUUACCACUGGCUCAUAUCUUAGACUGCAUCAGAAAAUUCAUAGAGGUGAGAAACCUUACAAAUGUAGUGAAUGUGAUAUAUCCUUUAUCAAGAAACAACAUCUUAAGAUACAUCAGAAAGUUCAUACUUGGGAGAAACCUUAUGAAUGCAGUGAAUGUGGUAAAUGCUUUAACCUGAAAGUCAAACUUAGAGAACACCAGCAAAUUCAUAAAGGAAAGAAACCUACAAAUGUAAUGAAUGUGGCAAAUGCUUUAUAUAGAAAUGCCAACUUCGAACCCAUUAGUGAAUUUAUACAGGAGAGAAACCUUACAAAUGCAGUGAAUGUGACCAAUCUUUUACCAGUAGGUCAUAUGUUAGAGUGCAUCAGAUAAUUCAUACAUUACAAAUGUAGUGAAUGUGAGAAAUCCUUCACCAGUGGCUCAUACCUUAGAUUUCAUCAGAAAUUUCAUACUAGAGAAAAACGUUACAAAUGUUGUUAAUGUGAGGAAUCCUUUACCAUUGACUCAUAUCUUAGGCUGCAUCAGAAAAUUCAUAGAGGUGAGAAACCUUACAAAUAUAUUACAAGUGGCAAAGACUUUACCUGCCUCUCAUGUACUAAGAAAACAUCAAAAAAUACAUUCUGUGGAGAAAGUUUCCAUGGUAAAGACAUAUCCAAGCUGUGUCUUUAGGGACCACUAAAGGCUCCACACUAGAAAAUCAUUUUGAACAUGAA